CUCCCAGGCAGGAGUUGCCAUAGAAACACGUGCUUGAUCAAAAAGCAUAGAUCAAGAGAACAAUUCAACGUACUUACAUUCAUAAUGGAGAGAGAAGAUCAGGGAGAAUUGGACAUUCUUUCAAGAAAGCCUGUGUGCUUUCUUAUAGUCGGAAAACCUGGCACAGGAAAAACCACUUUAGCAAGAAAUUUGUCUUCCAUUUGGAAAUGUCAUCAUGUAGAUGGUCUCACCACUAUUGAUGAGGCUAUUCAACGAAAAACUGCUCUUGGUGAAGAAGCAGAACAGGUAUUGAGAAGUGGUAAAGAGAUCAGUGGUAGCAAAUUGAUCCAAUUGAUUACUGAAAAGCUCCAUUCCCCUGGUGUUGCCCAUUACGGUUACAUUUUGGACUGUUUUCCAGUUACUGAGGAAAUGAGCAUUGAAGAACAACUUGCUUACAUUCGCAGCUUGGAGUUGAAUCCUGAUGUUAUCAUUAACUUGAAGGUCCCUGAUCAGGACCUUGAAGUUCGUCGUACAGAGCAGCGAGUUGACCCGAUUAGCAAUAAAGUCCUUGUGUACUCUGUAUACAAUCCUGAGUCUAAGAAUGUCCAUAGCGAAGAGCAAAAUGACGAUGAGCAAGUAGAUGAUUCACAAGAUACCCCUGAGACAGAUGAAAAGGACUUUUUUACUGAAGAUCUGGUUAAGCUGGAUAAUGCUGACGAGCAAUUAGUAACUGAAGCUCUCACAAAGCGGUUAGUGCAGAGAAGCAUGGACUUGAAGUCCUCUGUGUGCCAGCACUUACAAGAUUACAGGGAGAAUGUUCUCACCAAGAUUGAGGACUUCAUUAUUUCACACAAUCAACAAUUUGUGAUUGAAUUGGAUGCUAAUCUGCCACCAAAGCAGCUCUUCCAGUCUCUAUUGAUCAGACUGCACAGCAUGGGUCUGUCCCGAUGCCCUUCCCCACUGCACUUGGUAGAUCCGAAUGAGGGAGAAGAAGAAACUGAGGGUAUUGACAACAACCAGUUCCUGCAGCAACUGUCUGAAAUGAACAAUAUUCUUUCAAAGUUUCGCUGGCGUCGCUCAAAGUGGGGCAGGUAUUGUCCUGUUGAGCUAUCUCAAGGGAACUUGGUUCCUGGUAAAAUGGAGUUUGCUGUCGGGUUUAUGGACAAGAUGUACAGUUUGUCUUCUGAAGAAGCUCUCAAUGACUUUGUAUCUGCUCCGAGAGAUUUUCUACUUCCCCCCAACCCCAAAAUUCCUUGCAAAGUUUGUAUAGUGGGACCACCUCUUUCUGGGAAAUCAACACUAGUAAAGAGUAUUGCGGACAAGUAUGAUGCGAUGGUUAUUGUAAUGUCCGAUUUCUUGGAGCCACUGUUGGUGAGAGCUCGAGAAGCUGCAGUGGAGGAAGCAAAAGUAGAGGCUGAAAAUUCAGCCAUUAACACCAUAUCAAAACAACUAGCAGCACAACAAGCUCAUCAAGGUGGGCAGAUGCCUGAGGUAACUGCUGAAAACCCUGAUGUAGUUAUGGCUGUACGUGUGGCUAUAGAGAAAGCUCAAAACACUCCACGAGAGUACACCCAAGAUAUGUAUAUGGAGGCACUGAGAGAAGGGAUAGUUAAGGCAGAGGAGAAACUAAGGCAUCACAACCCUUCUGGACCAAGGUUUGGAGGCUGGGUAGUAGAUGGAUUUCCAGCAACAAGAGAAAAUUGGGAAUCCAUGAUUGAGAGCAAUCUUCUUCCUGACUUUGUUCUUAGUAUUGAAGACGAGCAGGCUCCUCAAGACUUCCUUCUGGCUAGAUAUGCGAAGAUAAAGGGCCUGCCUGAUCCUUCCACAAUUAAAGCUCUGGCAAAGCCAAGUGAAGAGCAACCUACACCAGUUUCUUUACCGCCUGAGCUAGCUCAGUGGCAGCAGCAAAGGAAGGAGUAUGAUAAACUGUGGGGACAACUCUCAGCUUCAAUGAAAGGCUCUGCUAUUGACCCACUCAGCAUCAACUGUUCCUUAUCGAUUGAAGAGAUGAUGUCUUCUGCCAUAACUCAGAUAGAAGAUGUAUUUGUGUUCAAAUCUGUCGAAUACUCUGCUAUGGAAGAGGAUGCAGAUGCUGACGAUGAUCCCAUCUUGGGCCAAGGAGGCGAGGGGGAUGAGGAGGUUGAGGAAAGUGAGGAAGAAAUGCUCAAAAAGAAGCCCUGGGGAGACACUCGUCACUUCUGUCCAGUUGCCCUAGCCGAAAAAGGAGUACUCUGGCCUGGAAGUCAGGACUAUGCUCUUAGGUAUCGGGAGAAACUGUACUUUUUUAGCACUGAGGAAGCUAAAGAUUUGUUUGCUGCUGAUCCCAUGAAGUUCCUAGCACAAUCGGGAACAAUAGCGACUCCUCCACUACGCUUGCUACUGCUUGGGCCAAUAGCUUCUGGUAAAACCACAGUGGGACGUUGUGCUGCUAAACAUCUUGGAAUCUUUCAUGUAUCUUUCCAAGAAUAUCUUCAGGAAGAAAUAUUGUCAAAGAUGAAAAAGCCUCCAUUGAUUGAUGACGAUGAUUGGGAGCUUGCUGGGGAGCUUGCUGAAGAAAAGCAAGAGGAUGAAGAUGAGGAUGAUUUGGAUUAUGACGUCCGUGUAAAGCUCAGUCAGGAAGAGAGUGAAAUCAGAAGCCACUUGAUACAUAGGGAGCCACUGUCAGAGGAAAUCAUUGAGAAGCUAACUACACAGUUCUGGGAGAAAGAACCAUAUAAGUCCACUGGAUUUAUUCUCGAAGGAUUUCCCACUAAUCCAGAUGAUUUGAGAUUUCUUGCAUCGAAAGGACUGUUUACUGACUGUGCUGUUGUACUGCAGGUCGAAGAAAAGGAGAUGGUGAAUCGUUUGCUGCCAAACAAAAUGGGUAUAUGGUAUCGAAAGAAGCAGAAGAGGCUUCAAAAGAAAGCUGAGGAGAAUGCUAAAAAAAUAGAAGAAUGGGAAGCAGACAAGGCUCUGCGUAAAGCAGAUCUCAAAGCUGAGUAUGAAAAAAAUGUUGCCACCAGAAAAGCUGAAAAGUCGGAUGAAGAUGAAGACGAUGAGGAUGAGGAAGCUAUUGAUGAGGAUUUGACCGAGUAUGAGGAGGGUGUGGCUGAGAUUGAUCAGGAGGAGUUCCCUGAUGAUGAGGAGGAGGAGGAGGAGGAGGAAGAGGAAGAUGCUAGACACAGGCUGAAGACAAACAUCAUUGAGAAGUAUGACGAGCAGACAGAGUCCAUCUUGAACAUUCAGGAUGUCCUCACUGAGUUACAGAUCCCUUGCCAUAUGAUCAAUGCUGGUCGUAGGAUUCCCGUAGUCCAAUAUUCCUUUUCUAAAGCUAUUUGUCCUUAUACUGCUGAAAGACAAGGCCUGCUUUCCAAAUGCACUAGUAUUGAUGGGAACAUGGCCAAGAAGUUGCUCGAUCAAGGCUACAAACAGCUUAGCAAGUUUAAAAUGUGGUGCCCUGUGAAGCUGUUUGAUUCACCUGAUGCUGUACUACCACCGAAUCAACACAUGACCUCACAAAUGUUCCCAGUUAUACAUCACAGUGCAAUUUACUUCCUUUCAUCUGCUGAAGCUAGAGAUGUUUUCAUUACUAACCCUGAGAAGUUUUUAGCACAACCCAUUCCCAAGAGCUCAGUUCCUGUGAGACUAGCAAUAAUUGGCCCUCCAAAAUGUGGAAAAUCUACAGUCGCUCGGAGAUUUGCUGCGGAGUAUGGUUGCGUGCGACUGUCCAUUGGUGAAGCACUCAGGAUGUACAUUGACAUGUUUCCCAGGUCUAAACUGACAGAACUAAUUGAAUCUCACCUAAGGAGUGGACAAGUUGUGCCUGACGACCUGUGUGUGCAUGCCCUAGAGAAAGCACUACUUAGUGUGCAGUGCACUACCAGAGGGUAUAUUCUGGAUGGAUGGCCACUGACUAUGGACCAUGUUGAUUUGCUUACAAAGUUUCGGAUCAUUCCUGUAUCUGUAGUGGAGCUGGACAUAACGGACGAGGAGAUGUUAAGGAGAGCUAACAUCGAUCAAUCAUCUCAAGACAGGGAGCUGCCACUCCAUGACAGUCCUGGUAUAUUGAGUAUACGCUCCUCACACUAUCGUAAGAGUGUUGUGGCUUUGAAGAGGUGGUACAGUGAAGAGCAUGACAACUAUGAAGUGGUGGACGGGAGUCAGUCGGUUUGGCGGGUUUGGGACAUGGUAAAGGGUCAUGCUCUCCGUUCUGCUCAGCAGAUCCAGCAUUAUCUGCAUCAAGUCACAAAUGGUAAGGCUGCUUCGAUUAAUGGGCUGUGUAUCACUCCUAAGGACUUCACUGAAAAGCUGGGAGAAUUUGCUGAGUAUUGCCCCGUUAGUUUAGCUCUCAGAUCAGAGCUUGUUGACUGUUCUAAACAGCGGUCUCUGACGUUUGCUGUUGAGUACAAUGGCAAAUACUACAAGAUGUCAUCCGAAGCUGAUUUGAAAGAAUUUCAGUUAAAACCUGAUUAUUUUGUGUUGCCGCAAGCCCCAAGAGCUCUACCUCCAUCACAUGAACUUCCCAGACGAAAGUCCCAUGCCGAUGUCAAAGCAAUGUUCCCAAAGCAAGUAGAAAUUCAGGGAUACUGCCCCGUUACCUACGUGGAUGGAAACAGGCGGUAUGAGAGUCUUUGUCCUGGUAACCCAGAUAUUGUAGCAGAGUAUAAGGGGAAGUUGUACUGUUUCAGAUCAAUAGCCAGUCAAGAGAACUUCAUGAGACAACCGGAGCGAUAUGAGGUAGCUUCUCUCCCUUCAAAGUUACCCCCACUCAAGCAGCCUCUGCCUGUUACAUCCCUACCCAUGCUCGGUUAUCUAGAGCAGACAGUGGCGACAUCUAUCAUCAACUCUCUCAGUGCUGUGGGUGCUCAGAAACCGAAGUUUCCGUUCAUGACGUCCUCAAAAUCUGCUCUGUUUUAUGUGGCUUGUCAUCUGAAAGCUUUCAAUCCCAAGUCAAGUGUAUAUGUAAGGAACAAGUUUAAGAAGAAAUUGGCUCGAUUUGAAGAACAGUGUAGUAUCAUCUUGUACCUCAGUUCACGAAUGAAGCAAGGGUACAAAGAACCAGUCAGCAGGUCUAUUGAUUUCGAUUUCAAGAUGAACACAUUUCUCAAGCUAAAAACCAGGGAAACUUCACUACAGACUGUAUGAUACUGUGUUAACUACAAUAAUUAUAUAUACUAUACUAUAA